GUAUAUACCUAUAUAAAAGUGUCAUCGUGCCAUUCUCGAGAAUAGUUGGGCGCUGCGCAUCGAGUGAACAUGAUCGAGUUUCUGGUACUAUUCCUUGGCGUUUACGGGGCAUUGGCGGCUCCUCAUGCACCCCACGUGAGUCAUGAUUCUCAUCUGGACAAUAAUGCGGAAGUGGUCGACGGGCAGUUUCCCGGUACUGAGAAUCUAAACGAAAAGGCACUUCCAAUAUCUCGCUUAUUCGCCACGGGGACGAAUAAUCUGCCGACGAGAAAUAAUCUGGCUGAGAGAUCUCAAGUACCUCAACGACUUCCCGGGACGGCGAAUCUGGCGGAAAAGCGAAUACCUGAUAACGUUUUGAAGAGAUUGUCGCAAGUGGUUGAUGUCAAAUAAAAGAAAGAAAAUUGCAGUCUAAAAUGUAAUUAUUUUAUUCGAUAACAUUUAAAAUAUAUUUGACUGCCGUCAAUAUUGAUAUCCGAAUAAUUCAUAUAAUUGCACGAGUCUUUUUAUUAAGAUUAAAACACAUUUCCAAUAUUUAAUAAUUUUAUUGCAAAAAGAAAGCAAGAAUCUUUCUGAAAAUUAUAUGGACACGUACACGUUACGAUCUCAUAACGAUUAUUUCAUUGUGCAUGUGCAUUAUAUUAAUAAUGAAGAAAAUUUCUUUGGUCUGAGAGAAUACAAAUCAUCGAAAUAAAGAAUUAAUACAUUCUAUAUUAACAUAGAUAAACCAAUUACUUUGGAAGAUUUAUGAAUAAUAAAUAAUCCGAAAGAAAAAUUUGUUGAAAUAAUUACAUUUUAUUAUAAUAGGAUCGUAACAAAUGUACAUACAUAAUCACCGAUUAUUGCAUUAUCUACUACAAAGUAAAUAAUUCCAAGUUACUAUGUAACAAUGUAAUUAUGAGAGUGAUAAAAUGAUUCGCGGAUGAAGCCGCAGAAGAAAAUAUGCAAUUUACAUUUUUUUCUUUCCUCUUCUCUUCUCUCUCUUCGUUAUUACCUCCCAGGAUUGCUAUUAUGCACUUGCAUAUAGCAAUUCUAUGGACAAAUAGAAAAAUGUCACCCUAAUAAUUCGAAGCAAGAAAUAAAGAAAUAAACUUCAUCGUCGAUAUAAUUACGCAA